UGUUAUUUAUGUACGAGUGGAAGACAGAGGGAAUGACCCAAAGUUUGACACUACUACCAUAACCGUCAGGUUCCAGAAUUCAUCAGAAUUUCCAUUUGUGACGGUGGAUGUCAUUGAACUAUGGAUUUCAGAAGAUGAACCUUUGGGAACUCUGGUCUCUGUAGUGUCAGCUGAAAGCCUUGGAAAAGGUCCAGUAUCAUACUACCUGGCAUCUGGAAACUUUGAAGAGGUAUUCCAACUGGACCAGGAAAAGGGUGAUUUGACAAUUAGAAGCCCACUGGAUUACGAAACUAAUACCAAAUUCCAGCUUUGCAUUGAAGUCAGAGAUUCAGGUUUUCCGCCGUUUUCCACCUAUGUUGAGAUUUUCAUAAAUGUGAACGAUGUGAAUGACAAUUCUCCAGUGUUCACUGAACCUGUAUACAUGUGUGAACUUUUUGAGAAUUUACCUGCAAGUCUGGUGUGUGAAGUGAUGGCUAUUGAUGCAGAUUCAGGAAUAUUUGGAAAAGUGGAGUAUAGUAUUUUCAGCGGCAAUGUGGACAAAGUCUUUGCAGUUGAUGCGGACACUGGCGCUUUAGCAACAACAAAAAGUUUAGACAGAGAAAAAAUAUCAAGCUAUACCUUAACAAUUCAAGCUACAGACAAAGAAAAUAGACUCAAUACAGGCACAGUUAUAGUGCACAUAGCUGUUCUCGAUACAAAUGACCAUGCUCCUCGUUUUUCACACAUCUUUUUUGCAGAGGUUUCUGAAGACACUCCAGUUGGAUCUACCAUAAUUCAAAUCACUUCUACAGAUGAGGACAUUGAUGAGAAUGCUCUUAUCACUUAUGCAGUCAUCAACCAAAUAUCAAUGACUGGCAGCCUUCCUUUUGCUAUUGAAAAGACCACUGGGAAUAUAGUAGUCAUACGGUCUUUAGAUAGGGAGGUACAAAGCCACUACAUAAUCAAAUCCCAAUAUUCUGCCAUCAUCACGGAAACUAAAGCUCAAGAAAUAUUUGUAAUGCAAGUUCAUGCUGUGGAUGCCGACCUUGGGCAGAAUGCGCAAAUCCUAUACUAUAUUGAACCUCCCAAUGAUAUAUUUGGAGUUAACGCAUCUACAGGAGACAUUGUGACAAAACAGCCAGUUUCAUUUCAUGAUUCACAAUUACACAGCUUUACGGUGGUAGCAUCAGACUGUGGUGACAUUCCACAUCAAAGUAGCACAACUGUCACUGUCACAAUUGUGCCUUACAAUCAUUUCCCACCAGCUUUUCACCCUUCUAAGCAUAUAUUGUCAAUCCCUCAUAAUUUAGAUUUGGGAACUGCAGUGGUUCAGUUGUUAGCCUUGGAUCAAGAUGAUCACUCAGUGGGACCAGCUGUAGAGUAUAUGGCCAGUGGAGGAAAUGCAUCCAUGUUCUUUGAAGUGGAACAUAACAGUGGAUUAGUACGACUAAGAAGAAUCUUAGGGCCAACCUUAAACACUGUUUUAACCCUUACAGUAGUGGCAAAAGAUAAUGGAGUUCCACCUCUUUCAUCUCAAACAACUGUCAGUUUUUUAAUUACUGAGGUAAACCAUUUCGCUCCACAAUUCUCUGAAUCUCAGAGUACACAGUCUCUGUGCCUGAAAACUCACCAGUUGGAACGACAGUCAUUCAAACAAAAGCCAGUGACAGGGAUUCUGGUGUCAAUGCAGAGAUAA